CUGCUGCUCAUAGGCGUCAAAAAACUGACCCCGCUGUAGCUCGCCUUAUCGAAAAAGCCGAUCAAUUACAUAAAGAACGCACACAACGACACUUACAUGAUGCGACGGAUGGUUCUAAUGAGGAAGAACAGGAUGCGAUCUCGGAACCUCCCGUGAUUGUUGAAGCUGAAGACGAGGAGGACGAGGAUAUUGACGCAAUUGUCAAUGUACCUCCACCCGAAGAAAUAGUCGUCAAAGAUCAUGAAGGUGUAGAUCAAUUGGAUCAUGAUGUGGACGAUGGUGGGAAGAAUUGUGGGGAUUCAAAUGCGGAGAAUGUGGAAGUUGAAAACCUAGAUGAAGAUGAAUUUGAACACAUCGAGAAAGAGGAAACUAAUAAAGAGUCAUCAAUGGACGAAAUGGUGGUAGUAGACAUUGUUACGACUUCGGAGAAUAAUGAUUGA